UGAAAGUGGGUGAAUCAGGAAGCUCACAUUGAAUAAACACCAUCUUCUGCACAUUAGGUUCUAAUUUUAGUUGUUGGAUAUUCAGUAAAUCUGAGAGUUUAAAACAGACAAUUCUGACACUUCAGAAAGGAAAAGGACGGAAAAUAAAGGUAUGUUCGGGUUAAUGUUUCAUAUUUUGAAGUUGUGCCAGCAUAUUGUUCACCAGAGUGAACUCCAUGAAUAAAGUUAGAUGAAGACACAGUCCACACUCGGACGCUCAGUUUAUGCUGACUGACUACACUUGUGAACUACACUGAAUAAAAAGUGUCAAAGCUUGGUGUGCUGUGCUGUCUGUUAGAAGUGGUGAGUAUAUACAAUCCUGUAAAGCAGCAGGCAGGUAUGUGGUGUUAAUCAGACUAAUCAGUCAUUAAUAUCUCAUACUGUUACAUGCAUUAACCGAGUGAUGUGAUUUCAGGCUGAAAAGGGUUAAAGAGGAAGAGGAAGGAAAUGGCAGAAUCUUCAUCAUCACAACAAAGAUGUGGCAGAAGAAAGAGUAUGGAUACAAAGGAAGAGUUUGCACGUGGCUCCAGCAGUCUCCUGUCUGAGGAUCAGUUCCUGUGUUCUAUCUGUCUGGAUGUAUUAACUGAUCCAGUCUCCACUCCAUGUGGACACAACUUCUGUAAAACCUGCCUUACACUGUACUGGAACAACACUGAACACUGUCACUGUCCAUUCUGUAAAGAGAAAUUCACCAAGAGACCUGAACUGAAGAUCAAUACAACACUGAGAGAGGUUGUGGACCACUUCAAGAAGAAAGGAGAUCUGGAUAAACCUGAGAUUAUUUGUGACGUCUGCACUAGCGUGGAAGUUAAGGCCCUGAAAUCCUGUCUGGAUUGUGGUGUUACUUACUGUAAAUCUCAUUUAGAGCCUCAUAAUAAUGUUCCAGUAUUUAAGGAACACAAGCUUAUAACCCCAGUGAAGAACCUGCAGGACUAUAUAUGCCAGAAGCAUGAGAGACCCCUGGAGCUGUUCUGCAGAGAUGACCAGACAUGUGUGUGUCUUUUCUGCACUGAAACAACCCACAAAAGUCACAAAACUGUUCCUAUAGAGGAGGAGAGUGGAGAGAAAAAGACAAAGCUGGGAAAGACACAGACAGAGUUGCAGCAGAUGAUACAAGACAGACUGAAGAAGAUCAAAGACAUCAAACACUCAGUAGAGCUCAGAAAAAGAAACACAGAGAAAGAGAAAGCAGACAGUGUUGAAGUCUUCACUGCUCUGAUGCGCUCCAUUGAGAGAAGCCAGGCUGAACUGCUUGAGGUGAUGGAGGAGAAGCAGAAAGCAGCAGAGAAGCAGGCUGAAGACCUCAUUAAAGAGCUGGAGCAGGAAAUCACAGAGCUAAAGAGGAGAGACACUGAGCUGGAGCAGCUCUCCCACACUGAGGACCACCUCCACCUCCUACAGAUUUACCCAUCACUGUGCAGACCUCCACACACCAAGAACUGGACUGACAUCAGUAUUGACCCUCAUCUGAGUGUAGAGACUGUGAGGAACACUCUGUCUGAACUUCAGAAGAGUCUGAAUGAGAAGAUGAGAGAGACAGAAUUAAAGAGGAUUCAGCAGUAUGCAGUGGAUGUGACUCUGGAUGCUGAUACAGCUCAUCACCAUCUCAUUCUGUCUGAUGAUGGAAAACAAGUGACAUGUGGAGACACAAUACAGAAUUUUCCUGACACCCCAAAUAGAUUUGAUAGAUGUCCCUGUGUCCUGGGAAAGGAGGGAUUCUCCUCAGGGAGAUUUUACUAUGAGGUGCAGGUCACGGGGAAGUCUGACUGGGAUUUAGGAGUGGUCAGAGAGUCCAUUAACAGGAAGGGGAAGAUUACACUGACCCCACAGAAUGGAUUCUGGACUGUGUGGUUGAGGAAUGGAGAUGAGUAUGAGGCUUGUGCUGGUCCCUCAGUCCUCCUCUCCCUGAGAGAGAAGCCCCAGAAGGUGGGGGUGUUUGUGGAUUAUGGGGAGGGUCUGGUUUCCUUUUAUGAUGUGGAGUCCAGAUCUCAUAUCUACUCUUUCACUGGUCAGUCUUUCACUGAGAAACUCUAUCCAAUCUUCAGUCCUGAUCUUAAUCAUGGAGGUAAAAACUCAGCUCCACUGAUCAUCUCACCCGUAUUUACGACCCGUAUUUAA